AUGCUAAAUGAAGAGAAGAUUAUACGUUUCAGUUUUACUGGUACAACAAUCAUGAAGAUGAGCAAAUCUCAGUUAAAACGAAAUAAACAUGCUGUGAUUGUUACUACUACUCACACUACUACUACUACUACUACUACUACUACUACUACUACUACUACUCACACUACUACUACUACUACUACUACUACUACUACUACUACUACUACUACUACUACUACUACUACUACUACUACUACUACUACUACUACUACUACUACUACUACUACUACUACUACUACUACUACUACUACUACUACUACUACUACUACUACUACUACUACUACUACUACUACUGUAGUGAAGGAGAACACAGAUGAGGGCAACCGAAUUGUAUUUAACGAAAAAAAUUACAGAGUUACUCAGUAA